GGCGGAUGGACACAAAUGCAGCCAGAUUGCCCCUGUUGUUAAUCGUCACGAUUUAUUGACUGUUUUAGGAUAGGCUGCAGAUUGCGAAAAAAGACGGAAGACUACAAUGGAAAGGCGACACUUCUAUACUCAUCUCUACUCCUGGCUUUUGUUAUACCGCGCAUGCGCAGAACAGUGCAGCAAUAACGGAAUGCAAACGGAAUAUGACACUUACCUUGGAGGUCACGUGAUGGAAAGGCGACCAGGCAUUGGUGUCGAGGGCUGUACAUUCGCUUGCCUUGACCAUGCCGACUGCAGAAGCAUCAACAUCGACCUGACGACCCACAUGUGUGAGCUGAACAAUGCAACCAAGGAAGACUUCCCGGAGCACUUGACACGAAGGCCCAGGUCCCUGCACUCCACGAACGACUUCAGCAAUAAGCCAUUUUUUGAAGCCUCGUGCGGUGAUUGGCUGAAGCGUGAUCCAAACCUAAAAAGCGGCUAUUACUGGGUCAAAACAAAACGGAAGAAAACACUAGCGUACUGUGAUAUGGAGAGAUUUGGUGGCGGGUGGACGCUGGUUGUGACCAUCAGCGCCAUGAACAGCGAUCAUCUGCAGAGAGCGGAGAACAACUGCGCAGACUCCACCACCUGCGUCAUCUUCACCGAGACCGACAUCCCGGGCAGGAAGCUCUCCGAUGAAGACAUUCUUGACAUCGUCGGAACCGAUGGCGUAUUUAUGGUAGAGACGGCGUACAGUCCGAUGGCAAAGAGUGGCAGCAAGAACAAGGAAACGGUGUUUUACAAGAUUCCCAGUGGGUCAAACAACUUCAACUCGUCUUGCCGGUACACAGUUUAUCCGUAA